AUGAAAAGGAGUAAACGUAUCAGCUGUAUCUAUAGCAACGGGCGUAUGAGUAGUGUAGUCGGUGUCGGUAAUUUAUUUUUAUCCUUUUCUGCUUUUCUUUCUCCUUUAUUUUACGCCUCUUUCUUUCUCAAUCUUUACACUCUCUCUUUUCCCCUUUUUCUUUCUCCAUUUCUAUCUAAAAUUCUUCAUCUUCUUUAUGAUUGCCGCUCUUCCACCGUUUCUGUUGUGACCCUCGUUUACACUCUUUCUUUCUUCAAAUUUAUACGUCUUUUUAAAUCUUUAGAUUUUUAUUUUUCUACUCCUUCCCUCUUUCACGAUUUAUCGCUAUCAUUUCUCUUUCUUUUAUCUUUAUUCCGUGUUCUCUUCCAUUCUUUCUUUCUUCACAUAAUGCAUCUGCCUCGUUUUCACCUUCUAACUUCACUAUCUCUUUCUUUUCCGAUGUUUUUUUUAAAUUUCUCUAUUUCGUUUAUCUCCCCUUUUUUCUAUCCACUCACUCUAUGA